AUGACUAAUUGGACAAACGUGUCCAGCUGCCCGUUCAGCAUCACUUUAUGCGCUGAGGACAUUAUGGAUAGUAAUGCAACUGCUGAGGACUUUGAGUACCCCGUCCAUCUCUUCCCAGUCCCUAUCCUGACUGGCAUCACAGUGACGUGCUCUUUCCUGUUCCUCGUCGGAACUGCUGGGAACCUGUUGACCAUCCUGGUGGUCACCAAAUACAAAGACAUGCGAACCACCACCAACCUUUACCUCUGCAGCAUGGCACUUUCAGACCUGCUCAUUUUCCUCUGCAUGCCCCUCGACCUGUACCGGGUCUGGCGGUACCGACCGUGGAACUUUGGCGACGAGCUCUGCAAACUCUUUCAGUUCGUGAGCGAAAGCUGCACGUACUCCACCAUCCUCAACAUCACCGCGCUCAGCGUAGAGAGAUACUUCGCUAUCUGUUUUCCCUUCAGGGCAAAAGUCAUCGUCACGCGGGGUCGGGUAAAAGGGGUGAUUUUCCUCCUCUGGACUGUGGCUCUGUGCAGCGCCGGACCCAUAUUCAUUCUGGUUGGGGUCGAGCACGAGAACGGCACCAACCCCUGGGAGACCAAUGAGUGUAAAGCCACGGAAUAUGCCAUCCGCUCCGGACUGCUUACUAUGAUGGUGUGGGUCUCCAGCGUGUUCUUCUUCCUCCCGGUCCUCUGUUUGACAGUGUUAUACAGCCUCAUAGGCAGAAGACUGUGGAGAAGAAAGGAGAAUCCUGUCGGACCCAUUUCUAGUCGGGAAAAGAACAAUAAACAAACGGUCAAAAUGCUGGCUGUGGUGGUUCUAGCGUUUGUUCUCUGCUGGCUGCCGUUCCACGUGGGUCGUUAUCUUUUCUCCAAGUCAUCCGAGGCCAAUUCUCCUCUCAUCUCCCAAAUCAGCGAAUACUGCAACCUGGUCUCAUUCGUGCUGUUUUACCUCAGCGCCGCGAUCAACCCCAUCCUCUACAACCUCAUGUCAAAGAAGUACAGGAGCGCGGCGUGCAAACUGUUCGGAGUGAAGCGUGCUCCUGGACGAUCGGUGCAGAGCUUCGUGAACGCUGAGAGUUUUUCGGUGUGGAACGAGUACAGCUGGAGCACGUGACCGAGGAGACGCCUCGAUUAAUAAAUGUGCACUUUUUAACAGACUAAAAAAAAUCUUCACGAGAAUGAAAAGGACAGUCAACAUUAACCUCAUCAUAUUUAAUUUCAAACAUAUCAUAAAGGCCAUUGCAUAUUUUCAGUUUAGCCUGUAUAUAGCAGUAAAAUAACUUUAUCAAUCUGCUGAGCCCUGAAAAUUACAUUAUUAAAUUAUAGGCCUAUAGUAAUCUAAUGCAGACUUUUUGGUAUUAAAAUAGGUAUUAAAACUUUUUGGUAUUAAAUAAUAAAAAAUACAUCAUUUGUGCCUAAAACUUGCAUUUUAGGCACAACAUGCCUAGUGCAUACAACAAAUAUUAUUGUAUUUUAUGAAAAUGUUUAUGCACAGGUAUUGCCAUCAGCAGCAGACACCAGCAGUGUAAUGAUUCCCUUUACCCUGGUAUUCAUGCAAACUGUACAUAUGCACACUAACCCAAAAAUGCCUUAAACUGUGUGAAGUACUGGAUGACAGAGCACUGUAGAUCUAAGCACUCUAACAUUGUACCCUAUAUGGGAGAGAUACAAUGGUGCUGAAUGAUAAAAUCCCAUGCCAUAAAAAGCUCUCACCAAGCUUGUGUUAUCAGAUUAUGUUACAUAAAUGUGUAGCAGCCAUAAAAAGUGCACUUAUUGCAGGUUUGUGAACACUGCUGCCACAGUAGUUUUGUGUAAGCUUUGUGUUUGAAUUCAGCCUGUGUUGCUUGUUGCCAGUCUAAUUAAAAUGUAAAACUACUUCUUGAG